AUGGCGCUGUUCGGGACUUCAGACGCCCUGAUGUGCCGGGCGUUCCCGACGACCUUGCGAGGACCAGCCCGCGCAUGGUACAGCGGCCUGAAGUCAGGAACCGUCGCCUCCUUCGACCAGCUCGCCAAGGAUUUUGAGCUUAACUUCCUAGCGUACGCCCGACCGAAGCCAUCCAUGGCGUUGCUCCUAGGGCUCAACCAGAAGGAGGACGAGCCCCUUUCUCACUUUGUGAACCGGUUUACGAUGCAAAUCCGUGGAUUACCGGAUGCUCACCCCUCUCUCUUGAUGCAGACCUUUAUGAUUGGUCUGCGGCCCUCCAGGUUCUUCUGGUCGCUUGUGGAGAGACCCCCCGUCGCGGUCCCUGAGAUGCUCCAACGGGCCAGCCAGUUCAUUGCCGCAGAAACCUGGAUGAUUGGAAAGCGAGAAGAACACAGAAAGGUCAAGUCGGAACCGCCCUGA